AUGACACUAAUUAAUGAAAGCCACCCUGAAGAGUUCAUUCUACUAGGCUUUACUGACCGUCCUUGGCUGGAGCUUCCUCUACUCAUUAUUCUUCUGAUUAGCUACCCCAUAGCCAUUAUGGGAAACAUCACCAUCAUUUUGGUGUCCAAGUUAGACCCCCGGCUCCACAGCCCCAUGUAUUUCUUCCUCACCAACUUCUCCUUUUUGGACAUAUGUUAUACCAUGAGCAUCGUACCUCAAAUGUUAUGUAACCUGAGCAGCUCCACCAAAGCAAUGAGCUAUACUGGGUGUGUAAUUCAGCUUUAUUUAUACACCAUUAUGGGGGCUGCAGAAAGUCUACUCUUGGUCAUUAUGUCUUUUGAUUGCUAUGUGGCCAUCUGCAGACCUCUGCACUACACCCUCAUCAUGAAUCAGCGCAUCUGCAUCCUUUUAGUGUCCAUUGUGUGGCUGGGUGGAAUGACCUAUGCUUUCUCAGAAGCCACUCUUACACUACAAUUGCCAUUGUGUGGCAUCAAUAAGCUGGAUCUGGUGUGUGAGAUGCCAACUCUGAUAAAGACUGCCUGUGGUGAAAAGAAGGUUAAUGAACUCGCACUUUCUGUGAUAUGCAUUUUUAUAAUAGCUGUUCCUCUAUGCUUAAUUCUUGCCUCCUGUGCUAGUAUUGGAUGUGCUAUAUUGAGGAUCAAAUCCUCUGCAGGAAUUAAAAAGGCCUUUGGGACAUGUUCCUCUCAUCUCAUUGUAGUUCUUUUAUUUUAUGGCCCAGCUAUUAGCAUGUACCUUCAGUCCCCCUGCUCCAUCACAAGGGACCAACCCAAGGUCAUGGCUCUGCUCUAUGGAGUGGUGACUCCUACACUCAAUCCCUUCCUCUACACCCUGAGGAAUAAGGAUGUGAAAGGAGUGUUAGGGAAACUGGUGAGGAGUAUUUUUUAUUUCUAA